AUGUCCCAAGGCGCCAAACUUUACGUUGGUAACCUCUCCUGGAACACCAACGAUGACUCUCUACGACGCGCCUUCGCCGAAUUCGGUGAAGUGGUUGACUCGAUCGUGAUGCGCGACCGUGACACCGGCCGCAGCCGUGGCUUCGGUUUCGUGACCUUCUCUGACCCCAAUGCGGCCCAGGCUGCUAUCGAUGGCCUCAAUGAACAAGAACUCGAUGGCCGACAGAUCCGUGUCAACAAUGCUAACGCCCGCGCCGCUGGCGGUGGUGGUCGUGGCGGCUUCGGCGGCGGCCGCGGUGGCUACGGUGGCGGCUACGGUGGUGGCUACGGUGGCGGUGGUAAUGGCUACGGCGAUUACAACGGCGGUGGUGGCAGCAACUACUAA